CUAACGUCCAUGGUUAUGGAGAAUAAAGACGUGCGCCCCAAGGUAACAUCGAAACUAACUCCCGGUCAAGACAAGGUCGAAAGCCAAGCGGCCGCACCAAAAUUCCUUCACGGGCCGAUCCCUGACGAGGCUGAUUUGCAGUGUACAUUUUAUAUCGUAGCUGAGAUCCUAUCGCUCACUUUUGGGCCACCCAAAAAAUGAUUCACUAAACAAAAGCAACCGAUUUUUGUUUUAUAAUAGCCACAACAGACCACGAGGGACGAAAACACGCAGAUGGAGAAAACCACCACAAAAAUGCGCAGACUUCCCCCCUUCACCAGCCUUAUGGGCGCAAACCCAUCCCUGGACAGCCAGCACUGCUUUGAGACGUCCUGGCUCCUCCCACCACUAGCCUACGCCAUUUUCCGCGGUGCGAUCGCGCUCUACAUCUUCGUGACCAUCUUCUUCAUCUGGGGCUGGGAUGGCACUCAUGGCAACCGCGCAGCUAUCGGCCAAUCCUUCAGCUACUUCACCUGGCUGACAUACUGGGGUCUGGGCUUCUACCACAUUUUCGCAUGCAUCCACACCACCUUCUAUGCGCUGACCGGUCGCUCGGUGCUCUUCGAUCGCUGGCCCCGUAGCCUACGCGCCCUCCACAGUCUCUAUUAUACGACCAUCACGACGUUCCCAUUCCUCGUGACGAUCGUUUUCUGGGCGAUUCUGCAUCCGUCUUGGUUCAACGUGACCUUUAAUGCAUGGUCAAAUCUCUCCCAACACGGCCUCAACUCCCUCUACGCCCUUCUGGAAAUCAUCCUCCCGGCUACUAAUCCGCACCCGCUGAUGACGUUCCCGUUCCUCGUGUUUCUGCUCCUCCUAUACGUCUCUCUUGCCUAUCUGACGUAUCAUACUCAGGGAUUCUACACGUAUUCCUUCUUGGAUCCUGGUGAGCAUGGGGAGAAGAGUGGCAAGGUCACUGCUUAUUGUUUCAUCAUUCUUGCGGCGAUUGUGAUUAUCUUUGGCAUAACCUGGGGUGUUAUUUGGUUGAGAAGGAAGUUGACGGGGGGUAAGGUGAAGCGGUCGAAGUUUGAUCAUGAGAGGCCGAUUGAGAUGCGGGAGGCUGAGGUCUAGGACAAAUGGUUGAUAAUUCGUAAAGAUGGGGUAAUCUGUUUUAAUUCCUAAUGUUUAGUCCAUAGGUAUAUUAUGGUAUUUGCUAGGGACGGAGUUGACGCAUGAUGUAUACAUAUGCGAA